GAAAUUAUAUUCAUAGUGUGGCAAAUACGGUUCUCCCGGCCCGGGUUUCCACCCUAUGUAGUCCUCUGCGCGCGCGGCCACCAUGCGGUUGCCGCUGCAGGCAAAGGAAUCGAUUCGAGAAACUCGUCUCAUGCAUGGGUUCGUCUCGUGACCAUCACCCAUCAACUGUCACACUUCACCGACUAUCCUGGAGGCAUCCUAGACCGAGCUGCCAGCAGCACCUGCGAGGAAGUUCCGUCAACGCUGCGAGCUGUGUCUCUCGCCACCUGCAAGUAGAACCGUGGCGUUGCCGCUGGUUGGACACGUACGUGACGCGGAGAGGACACGUCCCCAUCGUUGCGCACGCAAGUCAAUAGCGCUACAUACCGCGAGCGCUGCUGUUGCAACUUCUGCAUGACAAGCCCUUCCCGUCACAGCAUCAAAGAAGCGUCCGCACAACAACCAACUAGCAUCGAGGGCGCCACCAUGAACAUGGGUGCGCACCCGGAUGCAAGUGGGAGCGGAAGCAACAGUGCGAAUGGCACUGCUACCACUCCCAUUGCUGCCGCUUCCUCUGCCAGCGCAUCCGCAUCGGCGUCCACCAGCAAGGCCAAGGAUAUCGCCAAGAGCGCCGUUAAGCGCAAAGGGAGGGCAAAGGCUGAGAACGCGCCUAAGCGCGCCAGCUCGUCCAUACGCGGUAGAGGUAGAGGGCAAGGGCGAGGCAGGAAAGUACGGGGGAGAGCAACAGCAGCAACGGCCGAUGGGCGCUCAACAAUCCCCUCGGCGUCUUCGUCGUCCGAGCCCGCGUCGGAUGGGAAGAGCGUCCGACGCGGAUCGCGCUGGACCUCCUCGCCCUCGGUCGGCACGCUGAAACAGUAUGACGACACCAUGGUCACGAUCAAAAAGUGGCUCACGCUCGCGCACCCCUCACUCGCCGACGCAUUCGACACCGUAAGCGAACGCACGCUUGACGCAAUGCUUCUCUACCUCGACCAUGCCGUCGACCGCGGACUGUCGUACAACACCGUCUCGCGUGCCAACUCGUCCAUGGUCGCCUUCUUCAAGUUCCGCCUCAGCCGCAAGCGCGAGGAGUGGGACUCGAUCCGCGACGAGAAGGAGCGCUUUCAGACCGGCAACCCGUGCUUCAGCAAGCGCUAUAAGGCCAAAUAUCACUCCAUCAGCCGCGAAGAUUUGUUCAGAAGACGCAACGUCGCCAACCAAAAGCAAGCAUCGCAGCCGCUGCUCUAUGCGCACCUUCACCAGGUCUUACCCUUUUUAUGGCAGAAGUCUGACGAGACUCGCGGCACGAGCAGCCGGGACAAUCUUAGCCUCUGCAUGAUGCACUCGUUCAUCACGAUUGGAUACCUCCUCUGGACGCGCCUCGACGAAUUGCUCAACUUGCGCUGGGGCGAUGUCUCCUUCGAAGGUCUUCCGCCGCAUGCAGCUGGUGUGAACAAGCUCAGCGCGCACGGGACUGACGGCUUCGCGCUGCACCACAGCAGUAACGGCGCAACCGCCAUCAUCCGCCUGCCGUGGCGCGAGGACGUGCGUGGUCGCGCUAAGUCCUACCGCCUGCAAUACCAGGCGCAAAAACCCGCGCUCGACGCAGCAGCCGCGCUUAACCGCUGGGCUCAGAUCUGCGUCCAGUUGAACCAGGGCGAGCCGCUGCGCCCGGAGCACCUCGUCUUCCCGAGCUUCAACAAGUCAAACGCCUAUGCACCUACCAGCAAGAUGCUCGGCGCCAAAGCGCUCGAGCUGUUCAGAGACGCGCUGAGAGCUAGUGCCGCUGCGUCUUCACCCACUGCUCAGAGCCAGGGCCAGGUGCAAGGGCAGGAACAAGGACAAGGGCAGGGACAGGGGAAUCUUGCAGGCAUCGUCGGUGGAUUUGGCGCGCUGGGUCCUGCGCUCGCUGCGCCUCCGCCUCCACCCGCCCCCGUUCCCGCGGCAGAAUCAGCACCUAAGAAGGGUAAGAUUAGGGGUAAAGCGGCGGCGGCCGCUGGCACAUCAACUGCGAUAAGUGGUGAUCUGGCGCCAACUGCGACGGCAGCCGACGUGGUGGCCUUCACGCAGGUCUGCCUGCGCAAAGGCGGGCUCGUCGACGCGAUACGCAAUGCGCCACGGUAUGGCCUCAACGUCAUGACGCACGACGACGCGAUCUGGUGGGGUGGCUGGUCCAACGAAGCGUCCAUGAUCAACUUUCUCGAGAACGAUAACGCUGUCGACGAAAGCGAGAUCGGCGGUGGCUCUGCAGGCAAGGCGUCGGUGGCAGCUGCUAGUGGUGGUAGUAAGGCCAGUGGGAAGCGGGGCGGUGAUGCGGUUGCCAAGAGGGAUGGCAAUCCCUCUGCUUCGAGUGCGAGUACAGCAACUUCGAAACAGGAUGGAAGAGCUGCAGCUUCGGCCUUGGCGCCGUCGCCAUCGUUGACUGGCAACGGCUCCUUGCACAACGCUGUCGGCAAGAAAGGCGCGACAGGAGGCAUCAACAAGCUCGGCAUACCCGCGGGCGCCGGAGCGGACCUUUUAACGUCAACGUUCCCGGCUGGCACAUUGGACCCACCGCCACCUCGGAUGCAGUCACUGUCGUCAUCUAGCAGCAACUACCUCCAACAGGUCCUUUCGCCGCAGUUGCAACAACAGCAUCGCCACCACCACCAGCAAUACCCACAGCAAGGCUCAUCAGCAGCAGCAGCGGGUGCGGCGCCCAGCCCGUUCCUCGCGGCUCAUGCUCACCUAUCGGCUGUCGACUCAUCCAUCGGCAAGAGCGUACUUCCGCUACCUCAAAAGGCCAAAGCAGCCCGGAAAGCAAUUACAGCUGGGCCUGCUGCAGCGGUAGGAUCUGGAGCCGAUGGGGACAUUACGAGGGACCCAAAUACGCCCGCGAAGAGGGGUCGAGGGAGGCCGAGGAAAGACGGCAGACCGCCAGGGUCAGCGACUCCACGCAAGUCUGCAGAAGGCCAAGCGUCCAGCAGCACUUCCUCUGCAGCUGCCGUGACUGCUGCAGGGCUUGGCACAAUGGACGAUGGAAGCGGCAGUACGCUCGCGCCUGCUUUGCCACUGCCUCAUAUGUUCAAGCAGCAGCACGAUUCCAUGACUGCGACGUACAGUCACAACACCGAGAGCAGUAGCAGCACCGGUACCGGAGCAGCAGGUGGAAGCGCUGCUGGCGCCAGCCUGUGGCCUCUCCCGCUCUCUGCGGCACAGAGCCAGACACCCGGCAGCUCGCACGGCCAUCUGCACCAGUUGAGUCCAGCUCAGCAUCACCAGCUUCCUCCUCCGCAUCCUCCGCUUUCGUCACAUGGGUAUUCGCCAGCUGAUGCUGGUAGCGCGGACCACGGCGCCGCUGGUAGUAGUGGUGGUGCUACCAGCGGUGGUGGCAGCGACUUCUUUGGUGACCCCGGUGGUGUAACGAGUGCGGGUGUGCAUUCUGGACACCACUAUGCACAACAACAACAGCAAACCCAGCAUUCCAAUGCAUACUAUCCGUAUGAAGGUUCAACGUUUGGAGGCACAACGGGCACAGCGACCACCAGCGCCGGCGCUGGCGGUUACUACGCAGGCUCUGAUCCUUCCUCAUAUGCCACGUCGCAGCACGCUGGCGCAUCGACACCUGACCAGUACUAUACGCAGGCCGCGAGUCACCACGGCAGUGGAAGCGGUAGCGCAGGGGUCGGUGGCGGGUCAGGAAGUGGAGGUUUCUACCGUAACCACGGGAACUUGACGACCAACUCAAGUGCGUUCGAUACAUCGCAUCACUCGCCUUCCGAUGUACAGCACACCACUCACUACGGAUCACAGUACGGUGCGACGACACACUCGCACACACAUGCCUACUCUCAUUCACACAAUACGCAUACGCACGGAUACCAGCAUCAGCAGCACCAGAACCAGCAUUCGCACGCACAUGGGCAUGGUGCCAGCGGUAGUGGUAGUGGUGCCGGCGGAGUGAGUGCAGGCAGCAGCAGCGUCGGCGCGUCGCCAUACCAAAACUUUGCGACGCCCACACAAGUCGCUGGACCCACUCAGGCAGCUGGAACCGGUCAUGGACAGUCGCAACACCCGCACGGCACAGCGUCCUCAGCAGGACAUCACUACGCAUACGUGGACUACGGGUCUGUUCCCUACGACGACACAGGCAGUACAGGCGGGCCAGGUGGUGGGGGCGCAGCCAGCAGCGGUGGUGGCGGUGGCUGGGGAGCGCAACACGCCUCGCAUGGCGGCGGUGGCAGCGGUGCAAGCAGCGCAGCUGGAGCGGGAACUGGAGCAGGAAGCCUCUACGCUCCUCUUUCGCACACUACGCAUUCGCGCUACUACGGUGCCAGUGGAACCGGUUCGCUGCAUCAAGCUUCCGAUAUGGCCCUGCCACCCCCGCCUGCCUGGGCACCGCGUUGAAUACGAUGGGCGCGCUCGAAAAGUGGCCCCCCUUCAUUUCUAGCUAAUCGCUUGUCUCGCUUGCCCUGCGCGCGAGCGGGCCUAUUGGAUCUGUAUUGCGAUGGACGCACGAUGUGAGGUGCACGUUUACUUUUUGUUUCUUCUACACACUUGUCUUUGCUUCUUUCACACCCUGUACAUCUCCAUCCAGAACAACCGCGUGCAAUGCAACCCUUGCUCGUGCUCUUCUUUGAUCCUGGUACAAUAGAAAUCAAGAGAUGCAUAUUCUGAGUUUUAUUGGGCUGCGGAUUGCGAGCGAGAGUAAUAAAAUUGAAAGGAUGGCUGCGCCGGUGCGUCCUCGCUUGCCCUAUUGCGCGACACGGUGAUAUAAUUUGCCGCAAGGUACGAAUU